CGUCAUUUGAAGACGAAAUUCAAACACCCCCAUUUGGCAAAAUGAGCUGUUCCGUUCAUGCCUGACCUUAGCGCAUGCGUGCUGCACGAGCGCCAUUUUGAAACGGGCCGAGCCGAAGUCAGCAAAGGAGUUUGACAGGAAUUCCGCCGUAAUGGAGUUGAACGACACCAACAUGCAGGCCUUGGCAGGCUACCUGCAGAAAACCUUCUGUCCAGAUGUCGGUGAGCGGCGAGCAGCUGAGAAGUUUCUGGAGUCAGUGGAGGGACACCAGAACUACCCUGUCCUCCUGUUACACCUGGUGGACAAGGCUGAUGCUGACAUGACCAUCCGUGUGGCUGCAGCCAUCACCUUCAAGAACUACAUCAAGAGGAACUGGAGAAUCGUUGAGGACGAGCCUAACAAAGUGUCUGAGCCAGAUCGUGAUAUUGUGAAGAAAGAGAUUGUGGGCCUGAUGCUGCGAAUGCCAGAACAAAUACAGAGACAGUUGAGUGAUGCCAUCACCAUUAUUGGCCGUGAAGACUUUCCUGCCAAAUGGCCUGGCCUGGUGGAUGAGAUGGUGAAAAAGUUCCAGAGUGGAGAGUUCCAUGUCAUCAACGGGGUACUGCGCACGGCUCACUCUAUCUUUAAAAGAUACCGGCAUGAGUUCAAGUCCAAUGAGUUGUGGACAGAAAUCAAGUAUGUACUGGAGUCUUUUGCAGCACCUUUGAUGGAACUAUUCAAGAUCACCAUGGACCUGACCAAUAAAUGUGCUUCAGACCCAGUCAACCUUAAGAUCGUAUUAAGCUCCCUCACACUCAUCGCCAAGAUCUUUUAUAGCCUCAACUUCCAGGACCUGCCAGAGUUCUUUGAAGACAACAUGCAGACCUGGAUGACAGGAUUCCACACCUUACUGAAGCUGGACAACAAGCUGCUUGUAACAGAUGAUGAGGGAGAGGCUGGUCCGUUGGAGCUGAUUAAGUCACAGAUCUGUGACAACGUUGCGCUGUAUGCACAGAAGUACGAUGAGGAGUUCCAGCCGUACCUGCCACAGUUUGUAGAUGCCAUCUGGCACCUCCUCAUUACCACAGGCCAGCAGGUCAAGUAUGAUCUGCUGGUGAGUAAUGCCAUCGGGUUCCUGGCCUCAGUGUGUGAGCGGCCUCACUACAAACACCUGUUUGAGGAUGCUGCCACCAUGUCCUCCAUCUGUGAGAAGGUCAUCAUUCCUAACAUGGAGUUCAGAGAUUCCGAUCAGGAGCUGUUUGAGGACGACCCUGAGGAGUACAUCCGGCGCGACCUGGAGGGCUCGGACAUCGACACGCGGCGCCGCGCGGCCUGCGACCUGGUGCGGGGACUCUGCAAGUUCUUUGAAGCUCCUGUCACGCAGAUCUUCUCAGCCUACGUCGUAGCCAUGCUGGCGGAGCAUGCCAAGAACCCAGCCCAGAACUGGAGAAAGAAGGAUGCAGCUAUCUACCUGGUGACGUCCCUUGCCUCCAAAGCACAGACAGCCAAACUGGGAAGCACUCAGGCCUCUGAGCUGGUCAACCUGACAGACUUCUUCACCAGCCACAUUGCUACAGAGCUGCAGGCUGCUAAUGUGAACGAGCACCCUGUCCUGCGAGCAGAUGCCAUCAAGUACGUGACCACAUUCCGCACACACCUGUCGCACGACCACCUGAAGGCCUGCCUGCCGCUCCUGGUGAACCACCUGAGUGCAGAGAGCGGUGUCGUGCACACGUACGCAGCACACUGCCUGGAGAGGCUCUUCACCACCAAGGUCAAUGGGAAGCCAGUUAUCACCAAGGCCGAUGUGGAGCCCCUGGCAGUGGUCCUCCUCACCAACCUGUUCAAUGCCUUCACCCUGCCUGGGUCCCAAGAGAACGAGUAUGUGAUGAAGACUGUGCUGAGGACCUUCUCCCUGCUGCAGGAGUCCAGCAUCCCCUUCUUACCUUCACUCUUACCCAAACUCAUGGAAAAACUUGCUGCUGUCGCUAAGAACCCCAGUAAGCCCCACUUUAACCACUACCUGUUUGAGACCCUGGGCCUGGCCACCAGGAUCACCUGUAAGGCUAACCCUGCAGAUGUCACCAGCUUUGAGGAGGCUUUCUUCCCUCCCUUCCAGGAAAUGCUGCAGCAGGAUGUACAAGAGUUCAUCCCGUAUGUCUUUCAAAUCAUGUCUCUGUUGCUGGAGAUCCGUGUGGAUGGGAUCCCCGAGUCCUACAUGGCCCUGUUCCCCCACCUGCUGAUGCCUGUGCUGUGGGAGCGCAGUGGGAACAUUCCACCCCUGGUCAGGCUGCUGCAGGCAUACCUGCAGAAGGGCGCCCAGGCUAUCGCAGCUGCAGAGAAAAUUCCCAGCAUACUUGGAGUGUUCCAGAAGCUGAUUGCCUCCAAAGCUAAUGACCACGAGGGCUUCUACCUUCUUGACAGCCUUAUAGAACACAUGCCAGAAGCUAGCUUGUCCACCUACAUGAAACAGAUCUUCCUCCUGCUGUUCCAGAGACUACAAAGUUCUAAAACAACAAAGUUUAUCAAGAGUUUUCUAGUGUUCAUGUGUCUGUUUUCCAUCAAGUACAGUGCCACAUCCUUGGUGCAAAUGGUGGAUGGCAUACAGCCAAAGAUGUUUGGCAUGGUGCUGGAGAAGUUGUUCCUACAGGAUGUGCAGAAGGUUUCCGGCCACACGGAGAGGAAAAUCUGUGCUGUUGGCAUGACCAAGCUGCUAACAGACUGCCCUGCCAUGCUGGGGGAGUACCAGGCCCAUUGGACACCCCUGCUACAGGCUCUGAUUGGUCUGUUUGAACUUCCCGAGGAUGACAGCGUCCCCGACGACGAGCACUUCAUUGAGAUAGAAGACACGCCCGGUUACCAGACUGCAUACUCCAAACUGGUGUUCUCCGGGAAGAAUGACCACGAUCCCCUCAAUGGGGCUGUAGCAGAGCCCAAAAUCUUCCUGGCACAGAAUUUGCAUAAACUUAGUGCAACGUGUACUGGAAAGAUUCCUGGUAUGAUCAGUUCCGGCCUGGAUGCAAAGGCAGCCCAGUACCUGCAGGGGUACCUCCAGGCUGCUAAUGUGGCCCUGCAGUAGCAGGACAGGCUAGGGAGGAGCUUACUGUCACUUCGCCUGUAGCAAGGAAAGUUUGUUGGGUUGACAUUCGCAAAUCAUUCAUUAUGUAUUUCACAAAAACAAUGUGAUACAUGUUAAACGUGCUUUAAGCUGGAAUCUUUUCCAUGUUGUGUAAAUAUGAUAAGCCUUACAACACACCAUUUCAGAUGAGAAGAUGCAUUUGUGUGCUAAGCUUUGUAGCAGAACAAACGAGAAGAACUCCUAUCUCACAUGUAGUAUUAAGUCUUUACUUCACUGUCCUUAAAACUACAAGUAAGGAGAAAUAGUAUGUCUGAUAGCUCCAAGUGUGAAGGCCUAAGUUUAGAAGAAAAAAAAGAUACCAGCUACUCCUCGGUAGGCUUAAACGAAGAAAGUGGUAAAUGUCUGUUCUCUCUUAUGUUUCAAUGAAAUUGAUGUUUAUGAAUCUAAAAGAUUUACUUGCAGUCAAACAUUUUAUACAUAGAACAAAUCCGUGACUUAAAGUCUGUUCAGUGAGGGAUGAGGGAAAGUUGGUCUAGUAAGGCAAGCCUUACCUUAAAGGUGCACAGAGGACAUGCCCUGUACUGUAGCAACAAGAUCGGAUAAAUACUUUGUAUCUUUGGUACAGUAGUUAUCUGUAUCACUCCCACCUUGUUAGCACAAAAGCUAUGAACUAUCAUGAAAGUAAUUUUGAAACAAAUUAAAAAGUAAUGCU